AUGACCAUUGAGGAAGCAGAGCCAAAUCCUCACGUCCUAGGCUGGAUAGAGGAUUCGGUCUCAUUCUUCCCUUCGUUUCUCGAUGAUCCAUAUGACUCUACCGAGAUCAAUUGCUACGACUGGUGGGAUCCAAAUCAAGAUUUCGCGCACGAUCUUAUCAACACCAGUGCAACUUCCAUCACCAGCACCAUCACCACAGCAGACAGUAGUACUCACACCGAUACCACCCCAGACACCGCACCCACAGCCACAAAUCCUACCACCACCACUAACCAUUCAGAAGAGUCGGUCACACAAGAAUCGUCCAAGAAAAGGAAAGCAUCAUUAGAUAAUCAAGAUCACGCCCAAAGGAGAAACCGAAGUCUUAGUACCAUUGAGAACUCCGGAUCCAUCGAUGUGAAGCCGGCAAAACCGGUGCCGGGAGUGAAGAGACCUGCUAACAAGAAACGCUCAGCUGUGUCCUCGGGAAACAACGGCAACGGCGGUAACAAGGAAGGGAGGUGGGCGGAGCAGUUGCUCAACCCGUGCGCAGCCGCCAUCGCUGCCAACAAUCUCACGCGGGUGCAACACCUCCUUUAUGUUCUCCACGAGCUAGCCUCUCCGACCGGAGAUCCCAACCAUCGCCUCGCCUCUCACGGCCUCCGUGCCUUAACCUACCACCUAUCCUCAUCCACCUCUCUCCCAUCAUCAGCUCCUUUCACAUUCUCAACCGCAGAGCUGCGCUUCUUCCAGAAAUCUAUCCUCAGGUUCAAUGAGUGCAGCCCGUGGUUUGCAUUCCCGAGCAACAUCGUGAACUCCUCCAUCCUCCAAGUCCUCAGCGAAGAACCCGACAAGUCUCGGAACCUCCACAUCCUUGACAUUGGCGUCUCCCACGGUGCACAGUGGCCGACGCUGCUGGAUGGGCUGAGCCGCCGCCCCGGCGGGCCCCCUCUGCUGGUCCGCCUCACCGUGAUCUCUCCCACGGGGGAUGGUGGCGACUCCGACACGCCCUUCUCCAUGGCUCCCCCAGGCCACGACGUGUCCCCACUCCUCCUCGGGUUCGCCAAGACCCUCAACAUCAACCUCCAAAUCAACCGCCUCGACAACCUCCCCCUCCAAGGCCUAAAUCCCCAAUCCAUUGACGCCUCCCCGGAUGAAACCCUGAUCGUCUCCGCCCAAUUCCGCCUCCACCACCUGAGCCACAGCGACCGCACCGAGUUCCUCAAAUCCCUUAGAGCCCUGAGCCCGAAGGGUGUGAUCCUGACCGAGAACAACGGGGACUGCGCAUGCUCCGGGUGCGUGGACUUCGCGACUGGAUUCUCGCGGCGGAUCGAGUACCUGUGGCGUUUCCUGGACUCGACGAGUGCGGCGUUCAAGGGGCGGGAGAGCGAGGAGAGGAGGAUGAUGGAGGGGGAGGCUGCGAGGGCGCUGACGAGCGCGGCGGAGAUGAACGAGGGGCGGGAGAGGUGGUGCGAGCGGAUGAGGGAGGCAGGGUUUGCGGGGGAGGGCCUUGGCGAGGACACCGUCGACGGAGGCCGAGCUCUGCUGAGGAAGCACGACGGGAACUGGGAGAUGAAGGUGGAGGAAGACAGUGGCUGCCAUUGCUGCGUCAGCUUGGGGUGGAAAGGUCAGCCUGUGUCCUUCUGUUCGUUAUGGAAGUUGAGCGGUGGCGGGAAAUGAUGGGUGAUUAAUUAGUGAAAUUUGGGGUUUAGAGAUUAUUUAAUUAGAUUAAGCAUAAUUAAUCAGUUUGUAAAAUAGUGAAAUUUGCUGCUUUUGGUCAUAUUCUUGUGUUCCCUUAUGCGUUUGCAAAUAUGCAAAUGACAUGAUGAGUGCUUUUUGAUUUAGCAAAUGUCUAGGUUUUCUACCUUAUGGAUUGAAAAAUG